GUGGAGCGGGUGGUGAGGAGGAACCGCUGGGUGCGUGCGCCUCGUCGUUGGGAGCCGUUCGUCGUCCGAGGUGUUGGUUUCUCGGGCCAGGUUUGGGCGGGGAGCCGGCCUCCCGUCGACUCCUCUUGCUUCGCUUUCGCUCCUUGCCAGCCUAGCCGGUUGGAUUGCGUGAUUCUGCCCAGACCGGGGCGGUGCCAUGGAUGACGACGACUGGGACACGGAGAUCACGGACAAUAGCUCCAGCAGAGGUGGAGGCGGAGCCCUGCCCUCCUUUCAGCCUAAUUUCCAGAAGCUGGGCAGCUUCUCUGCAAAAGCAAAUGAAACUUCAUGCAACCUCAUUCAGAAUGUAAAGCCCAUAGAUAUUGAUGAUGAACCUAGCAAAGCACACCAGCUUACUCAAGGUUCUGGAUGGCGUCCUGGCAGCCAAGGGAGUUUUUCAUCUGGAAACCGAGCUUCCUGGGGUGAUAGACAUAGAGGUGUAAGUGGAAAACCAAAUGGAGAAGACAAAAGAACUGGUGGAUUUGGAAGUGGAAGGACUUUUGGAAGCAGAGGUAGGCUUCUUGCAUCAGGAAAUGGGUUUGAAGAAAGAAAGUCUUCUGGCUUUGAAAAAGGAGAUGUUAUUGAUGAUGAAGACAGCCCGUCAAACAGAGGGUUUUCAAGGAGAGGAGGUUUUCAAGGAAUGAGUAACAUCACUGAUGCACGUAGAGGUGGUAGAGGAUCAGCCAGAGGUGGCCAAGGAGGAUUUGGGCUAUCUACAGAUGAUCAAGAUGGAGGGCAGCAUUCUGGUUUCUUUGGUUCUAAAAGAGGAGGGUUUGGUGCUAGUGCAGGUGGUUUUGAUAAUAGAGUAAGAGGUUUUGGUGGUAGAGGGGGUUAUAAAGGCUGUAAUGAAGAAAUAACUGGAGGUUCUGGAAGAACUAUUAAUUUCAAUCAAGAUCCAUGGAAAUCAGAUGGUGAUGCAGAAGGCGGUCCAAAAGUGACUUAUGUACCACCACCACCACCAGAUAACGAAGAUGCCAUCUUUGCUCAUUACCAGACAGGGAUAAACUUUGACAAAUAUGAUAACAUCCUUGUGGAAGUUUCAGGACUAGAUCCCCCACCAGCAAUAUUGACCUUUGAAGAAGCUGGUCUCUGUCAAACUUUAGUAAAGAACAUUGCAAGAGCUGGAUAUUUUAAACUUACUCCAGUGCAGAAGUAUAGUAUUCCCAUUGUGCUGGCAGGACGUGAUUUAAUGGCAUGUGCCCAAACAGGAUCUGGAAAAACGGCAGCUUUUCUUAUUCCAAUUUUGGCUCAUAUGAUGAGAGAUGGAGUUACUGCCAGUCAGUUCAAACCACAACAAGAACCAGAAUGUAUAAUUGUAGCACCAACUAGAGAACUGAUAAAUCAGAUCUUCCUGGAAUCAAGAAAAUUUGCAUAUGGAACUUGUAUCAAAUCAGUUGUGACUUAUGGAGGUACACAAAUGAGUCAUUCAAUUCGUCAGAUAUUGCAAGGUUGUAAUAUACUAUGUGCUACCCCAGGAAGGCUUAUGGAUAUUAUAGGCAGAGAAAAGAUUGGGUUGAGCAAACUAAAAUAUCUGGUGUUUGAUGAAGCUGACCGUAUGCUGGAUAUGGGAUUUGGCCCAGUUAUGAAGCAGUUGAUUUCCUCUCCAGGCAUGCCAUCAAAGGAUGAACGCCAAACACUAAUGUUCAGUGCCACUUUCCCUGAAGAAAUCCAGAGAUUGGCUGGAGAAUUUUUGAAGAAUGAGUAUUUAUUUGUUGUUGUUGGACAAGUGGGUGGAGCCUGCAGUGAUGUUCAGCAGACCAUACUUCAAGUGAGUCAAUAUGACAAGAGAGACAAACUUGUUGAGAUUCUCAAUGGUAUUGGUGACAAGCGGACCAUGGUAUUUGUGGAAACUAAGAAAAAAGCAGACUUUAUUGCAACCUAUCUUUGCCAAGAACACAUAGCAACAACAAGUAUCCAUGGUGAUCGGGAGCAGAGAGAGCGAGAAGAAGCUCUUCAUGAUUUCCGUUCUGGAAAGUGCCCUGUUCUUGUUGCUACAUCAGUGGCUGCAAGAGGUCUGGAUAUUGAAGAUGUUCAACAUGUUAUAAAUGUAGACCUCCCUUCCACAAUUGAUGAAUAUGUUCACAGAAUUGGACGAACUGGCCGAUGUGGAAAUACAGGCAAAGCAAUUUCUUUCUUUGAUCCUCACUCAAAUAGUGAUAUUGCACAGCCUCUAGUCAAAGUGCUUGCGGAUGCCCAGCAGGAAGUCCCGGCAUGGCUAGAAGAAAUUGCUUGUGGUGGUGGUGGAAUUGGUUUUAGUGGUCCAAGGGGAAAUAUGUUUGCAUCUGUUGAUUCUAGAAAGGCUUACCAAGGCAAAGAGAAUCGACAGAGUGGAGGAUUUGCAGCAUCAAAUAUAACCGCAGCUGAUGAGUCAUGGGAUUAGGGCUCCUUUCUUAUGAAGCAAAGUUCUCAUUUGACCAUGCCACAUUUCCCAAACAAUAUAGUUAUUUGAAAAUCUGGCUGAAUUCUAAACACAAUUUACUUGAUGGAGUCCAUUUGAUUUCAGUGGGACUUGCUUCCAAGUAAACUUGGUUAGGAUUGUGGCCUUGGAAUGUUUAAGAAAGUGUUGAUGGAAAGGUGGAUAGACAAAUCCAGGAGUUGGUUUAUUUUAUUUUAUUUUUAAUUACUAUUUUUGUUGAUAUGUUUAAUGGUUGUGCACAAAAAAAAACAAUUUGUUGUAAAGAGCUGUUGUAAAUGAUUGUAAAAUGCUUAAUAAAAACUCAGGAUCAUG